UACAUAUACAUACAGAAUCCGACAGUAGAGAGCACGAAGCGGCAUUUCACAAUUUUUCAUAUACCUUUUGCCGCUCUAUUUCUCGAAACCCUAAUUUCUCUCUCACCAACACCCAGUUUCCCCCAAUUUCAUCUUCAUACGAUCAUUAUUCUUCAAAUUCUUCUUCAUCGAUUCAUCUAAUUUGCAGUUUAACUCGAUCGAUCCAACAUUUUUCAUCGUCUCUCCAGUAAUUCGUUCUCAAUUUCUCGUUAAUUUGCUGUGAAUUCGUGUUUUCGAUCUGUAGAUUCGCGAUGGUUGUUGUUGAGGCGAUUAAGGUGAACGAAACCGACGAUUGUUCAGCUGCGAAGGCUCGAGGCUCAGCUACGAGGGCCAGUGCGCGAAUUCAGAAGAUUAAGAGCACACAAGAUGCGAUUAAGAGGCGACAACGGGAAGAAGAGGCGAUUACGAAGGCGGAGAAGCCGGUGAAGAAGCAGCGAGUGAAGUAUAACAAGCAGAAAAGUGUGGUGGCGAGUGUGUUGCCGGAAGUGGUUGAAAAGAAGUUGAUUGCAGGUGUUGAGAAUGUGGAGGAGGUGAAGGAUGGUGAGAAGAAGGAGAUUGUGGUUCUUUCGCCGUCGAAGAAACCGGUUGGGGAGAAGAGUGCGUAUUCUACGGUGACGGAUACAGUCAGAGCUUUUUACAAGCACUUUUUGUAUUAUGUGCAGGAGGAGGAAAAGAGGUGCAAAAAAGAUGAGGAUGAUAAGAAAAAACCAAAAUCUAAGGAGGAGGAAAAGAAGCGCAAAAAAGACCAGGCGGAGGAAAAAAAGCGCAAAAAAGACGAGGAUGAUAAGAAAAAACCAAAGUCUAAGACACAGGAUGAAGUUGGAGGACGAAGACAGCACAAAAGACCUGAUCUUAAAGCUUUAUCAAGUAUGUUGACUUCGAACAACGUAUAUACUCCCCCAUCAAGGAUAGGGUCUAUUCCAGGGGUUGAUGUUGGGCACCAGUUCUUUUCACGAUGUGAGAUGGUUACUGUAGGUUUUCAUAACCACUGGCUCAGUGGAAUUGAUUACAUCGGGGCAGGUUUUCAACAGGAGUACCCUAAUUACAAGCUACCGCUAACUGUGGCCAUAGUGAUGUCUGGUCAAUACGAGGAUGACCUUGAUAACUCUGAAGAUGUUGUGUACACUGGUCAAGGUGGCAAUAAUUUACUUGGUAAUAAACGCCAAAUCGGUGAUCAAGAAAUGAAACGUGGUAAUCUAGGAUUGAAGAAUUCUUUGGAUCAAAAUGUGCCAGUUAGAGUUAUUCGAGGACAUCAAUCUACAACCAGUUAUGUUGGCAAAGUUUACACAUAUGAUGGAUUGUAUAAGGUUGACAAGUAUUGGGCAGAGAAAGGGGUUUCUGGUUACACUGUUUACAAGUUUCGUCUCAAGCGUAUGGAAGGGCAGCCUUCACUGGUGACUGAACAGGUUUACUUUGCUCGAGGGCGUAUCCCAGACAAAGUUUCUGAAUUACGCGGGUUGGUAUGUGAGGACAUCAGUGGAGGCCUUGAGAAUAUUCCCAUUCCAGCAACCAAUUUGGUCGAUGAUCCACCCGUUCCCCCUACUGGUUGCACUUAUAUAAAGUCUCUUCAAGUCUCAAAAAAUGUCGUACUCCCUUCUAGUGCCUCUGGAUGCAAUUGCAAAGGUAGUUGCACCGACCCGAGAAGUUGUGCUUGCGCUAGGCUUAAUGGCUCUGAUUUUCCUUACGUACAUCGCGAUGGUGGCAGGCUAAUCGAACCCAAGGCUGUUGUGUUUGAAUGUGGACCAAACUGUGGUUGCGGGUCCAGUUGUGUAAACCGAACAUCUCAACGGGGGUUAAGAUACCGACUUGAGGUUUUCAAGACUCCAAAAAAGGGCUGGGCAGUUAGAUCUUGGGACUUUAUACCCUCGGGUGCACCUGUUUGUGAGUACAUAGGAGUUCUCAAAAAGACCGAUGAUGUUGACUCCAACCCUGAAAACAACUACAUAUUUGACAUUGACUGCAUUCAAACAAUGAAGGGACUUGGCGGAAGAGAGAGGCGAGUUGGGGAUGUAGCCAUGCCAUCAUUACCAGUUCAAAGCGAUGACAAGGAUAGCGGUCCAGAAUUUUGCAUCGAUGCAGGAACAUCUGGAAACGUGGCCCGUUACAUUAACCAUAGCUGUCAGCCCAAUUUGUUUGUGCAAUGUGUAUUAAGUGCUCACCAUGAUAUCACCCAAGCCUGUGUUAUUCUUUUUGCUGCUGACAAUAUAUUGCCACUCAAGGAACUAACCUAUGACUACGGGUAUGAGCUAAACAGCGUGCAUGGUCCAGAUGGAAAGAUCAAGGAACUUGCUUGCUAUUGUGGUGCGCCUGAUUGUCGGAAGCGCUUGUUUUAGGGUUGACUCGGUUUGGAUGAGCCGAGUGUUGAUAGUAUUUUUGGUGAAGAAUUUAAGACUUUUAAGUGAUAUACAUUCAUAGCUCUGCCAGGCCCAAGUAAAAUUAUGGGGCUGGUAACUACAUUUAAAAUAUGAUGUCAUGGAGUCAAAUAUUCUUAUUGAGAUUUUUUGUUAUAAUCUCAUUUAAUGGCAUUGGGUUAUCGGUUUAUUGCGUA